AACCAGUCUGUAUUCUAGACGGCAAACGCCGGCGCAUGCACGUCUACACGCGCGGUAAUUACAAAUAGAUAUAAUAAAACAAUGUUCCCAUUACGGCGUAUCAUUGGCAGCAAGAUACUGGAGCAAUGGCGCGCUCCGGCAAUGGCUGGCGCUGGUUCCAAACAAAUGAAGAGCUACAGCUCAGAAGCAUCAACGCCACGACCUUUGACCACGUUGACCGAUGAUGAAUUGGCGAUGAAAGACACAAUUAGAAAAUUGGCGACCGAACAAAUAUUGCCACUAGUGAGGAAAAUGGAGGAUGAGCAUAGAAUUGAUGAUGGAGUCAGGAAACUGUUGUUUGACAAUGGCCUAAUGGGCAUCGAGACACCCACAGAGUACAGCGGCAGUGGCUGCGGGUUCCUCACCAUGAUGCUGGUUGUAGAAGAGCUGUCGAGAGUAGACCCAGCGGUGGCUGCGUUUGUCGAUAUUCAUAACACACUCGUAAACUCCCUGUUCAUGAAGUUGGGGACUGAGGAACAAAAGCAGAAGUAUUUGACGAAACUCUGCACAGAAUACGCUGGUAGUUUCUGCUUGACGGAACCGACAUCCGGUUCCGAUGCCUUCGCUUUGAAGACUGUGGCGAAGAAGGAAGGUGAUAACUACAUCAUCAACGGCUCCAAGAUGUGGAUCUCAAACUCAGAUGUCGCUGGAGUGUUCCUAGUCAUGGCAAAUGCUGACCCUUCAAAGGGAUAUAAAGGUAUAACCUGUUUUAUCGUGGAGCGUGAGACACCAGGCCUCACAGUUGCCAAACCAGAGAACAAACUUGGUAUCCGCGCGUCAGGAACAUGUAUGGUGCACUUCGACAAUGUUAAAGUACCAGAAGCAAACAUUCUCGGAGAAUAUGGUAAAGGUUACAAAUACGCAGCUGGUUUCCUCAACGAGGGUAGAAUCGGCAUCGCCUCGCAGAUGAUUGGCCUCUGUCAGGGCUGCAUGGACGCAACCAUACCGUACACGUUAGAAAGGAAACAGUUUGGAAAAAGCAUAUACUCAUUCCAGGGUAUCAGUUAUCAAAUAGCGCAUCUCCAAACCGAGUUGGAGGCAGCUCGACUUCUCACCUACAACGCAGCCCGUUUGAAGGAACAUGGACAGGACUUCGUGAAGGAAGCAGCCAUGGCUAAAUAUUACGCUUCAGAAAUUGCACAAACCCUGACAUCAAAAUGCAUAGACUUCAUGGGUGGUGUCGGAUUCACACGCGACUUUCCCCAAGAGAAGUUCUAUCGAGAUGCCAAGAUCGGCACUAUAUAUGAAGGCACCAGCAAUAUGCAACUCCAAACAAUAGCCAAGUACAUAGAGAAGGAAUAUAAACAGUAAUUCAGAAAAUACUGUAACGACGAAUAUUUUUGGGUGUAUUUUAAG